UCUUCAGUGUAAACGGAAGUGAACAGUGACAAAGAACAAUUUCCACGUUAACAUUGUUAUUUAGACGUGUAUUAACACCCUGGACCUCAAAAUAUGACUCGUUUAACUGUACAGCAUCACAUACUUACCCCAGCCUCCAUCAUGGAGGUGCUAGCGAAUGCAGCCGUGGCAGAGAUCUGUAAACUCGUAGACGACGACUAUGCAGUGUUUCGUUUGGAAAUAAGUCAAAGCCAGAAAGAAAUCGUCGCAUUGCGGAGGAAACAACAGCUACUAGAACUGAAGGUGUCACGGGAGCGCGCAGAGAGAACAAUGCGAGAGCGCCUCCUCUCCAGUCGUCCCAGAAGUGUCAAGAUCCUCGACCGAUACAGAGGAAUGGCAAGAGGUGAAGGACAUCUCACUGGAGCCUACAGGAGCUUUGGGAAGCCAGUGGGACACAAUACAUGGAGAGAUAACCAGCCAAUCACCGUUGAUGAGGGGAGAGGAACCUCAACCCAGCAUGUUAUCAUGAUAGAGUCUGCAGAUGUAGAGGCGGCAGGUCCUGGAGGAUCAUCUCUGGUCAAGCAGGAAAGGUCUGAAGGAGAGGUGGACCCACGACACAGCAGAGACAUCCAGACAGGAGCAGCGGCUGUAGUUGCGCCCCUUGUUGCCAUGGAGGACCACGUGACCGCCGUGCAGCCCAGGACCCAACGCAGCAUCACAGAGGUCAAUGGAACGCUGAAUGCCAUCGUCAAGUCAGACACCGAGACUUUAACACAAAGGCUUUUACACACAGGAUCUGACCACAGAUCAGACCCAGAGAGACUGGGGCCGGGGCCACUGGGCUGUCCUCCUGCUCCUGGCUCAGAAUAUUUACUUUACGGUAACCCAAGCCCGAGGACGGCUCAUUCCCAUCGGGACUCAGGUGACGCAUUAGAGACUGGCAAUAAUCCGUCUUGUUCUUACACUACAGAGAUGGACCCUUGCAACAUGCCCUUGGGUUUAGAGACCCAGAAUGAUCUGUCUAGAGGGGACUGGAACCAGUACAGUAGUAGUGUAUACUCCCAAAGGUGCUUAGAUAAGAAAGGGGAGGGUUUGGUCGUAGAUGAAGUGACUGUGAAAGUGAAAGUGGAGGGCGACAUUUCUCCCACGUGGAAUACAGAUAGUGACCUAAGGGACGGACACUCACAGGGCAGAGAUUUCUUAGAUUACAGGGAAUGCUUAGAAACUAAUCCAAAUGUCAUGACCCACUCCCCUUUACUCGCUCUCAGAGAUCGCGACUUAGUGUCCUCAUCGAUGGGGCCUUCGGAUUCACACAACUGCCUUUUUGAUCACGUAUUGAACUCAAACGACAGGGCUAGAGCCCAGACUCAGGGAGGGGGAGCCACAUCAGGCAAUAGUAAAGAGAAACGGUUCCUCUGCAUGUUCUGUAGCAAAGGCUUCAGCUGCCCCCAAAAAGUGAAGAUCCACCAGAGGAUCCACACAGGGGAGAAACGCUUCAGGUGUACCCAGUGUCACAUGCGCUUUGCCCAGGCUGGUGACCUGAAGAGGCACCAGAGGGUCCACACAGGGGUGAAACCCUUCAGCUGUACCCAGUGUCAUAUGCGCUUCGCCCAGGCUGGCCACCUGAAGAGGCACCAGAGGGUUCACACAGGGGAGAAACCCUACAGCUGCCCCCAGUGUGAGAAGAGGUUCUCCCGCCAGGACCAGCUGAAGAUGCACCUGAAGGUCCACAUGGGAGAAAAACUGUUAGCUUGUACGCACUGAGCUACCUCAGGAUACACCAGCAGAAAAAACAUUCCACUCUAUAACAUAGAAAGUAACCGUUCUACUCUACAGCUUCUGACGUUUAGAUCAAACCCUGCAUUGAAGGCAAAGAUUCAUUUUCAUUGUUGUCCGCAGAAAAGAUCGACAGACUCGUUUGGAGUAACAUAUUUCGGUGUUGAAUAUUCCUGGGUAGAAUAUUGCAUCCAGACAUUGUGUGAUUUAUAAGGCAUAUAUAAGCCUAGAAAGUAAAAUCAAAUUGUAUUUGUCACAUGCUUUGUAAACAACAGGUAUAGACUAACAGUGAAAUACUUACUUACGGGUCCUUUUCCGACAAUGCCGAGUUAAUGAGAAAAAUGAAGAAAAAAAAUAGAAAGUAAUAAGAGUAAAAAAUAGACAGAGAAUAACAAUGAUGAGUUAAAACAACAUGGCUAUAUACAGGGGGUGCCAGUACCAAGUCAAUGUGCAGGGAUACGAGGUAACUGAGGUAGCUUUGUAUAUAUAGAUAGGUACUAGGCCUUACAAAAAAUGUUGUGUGGGGUACAGAGAUGGGGUAGUCCUUUAAAAAUCAUGUUAAACACUAAUAUUGCACACAGUGUCCAUGCAACUUAUUGUGUGACUUGUUAAGCACAUUUUCUUUUGUCGUGAACUUAUUUAGGCUUGCCAUAACAAAAUGGUUGAAUACCUAUUGACUCAAGACAUUUGAGCUUUUCAUUUUUCAUUCAUUUGUAAUCAUUUCUAAAAACAUAAUACCAGUUGACCAAGCGGUGAUGCAGCCAGUCAAGAUGCUCUUGAUGGUGUAGAACUGAGGGCCCAUGCCAAAUCUUUUCAGCCUCCUUAGGGCGAAGAGGCAUUGCCGUGCCUUCUUCAUAACUGAUUUGGUGUGUUUGGACCAUGAUAGAUCCUUUGUGAUUUGGACACCAAAGAACUUAAAGCUCUUGACCUGCUCCACUACAGCCCCAUUGAUGUGAAGGAGGGCUUGCUCGGCAAUCUGUUUCCUAUAGUCCACGAUCAGCUCCUUUGUCUUGCCAACGUUGAGAGAGGGACUGUUAUCCUUGCACGACACUACCAGGUCUAUGACCUCCUCCCUAUAGGCCACCGUCGUGUCGUCAGCAAACUUAAUGAGGAUGUUGGAGUAGUGCACGGCAGUUGUGGGUGAACAGGGGGUAAAGGAGGGGACUAAGCACGCACCCCGAGGGGCCCCCGUGUUGAGAUCAGUGUGGCGAAUUUAUUGUUGCCUACCCUUCUGGUUGGGAUACGUACGUACGGUCAUUGUGGGGACGACAUCGUUGGUGCACUUAUUAAUGAAACUGGUUAUCAAUGUGGUAAACUCUUCAAACAGUCCUGUAGGAUAGCAUCCGCUUCAUCGGACCACUUCCGGGACCACUUGCACUGAUACUUCCCAUUUGAGUUUUUGCUUGUAAGCAGGAAUCAUGAGGAUAGCGUUAUGGUCAGAUUUGCCAAAUGGAGGGUGAGGUCGAGUUUUGAUGUGUUUGUGUGUGUGUGGAGUAAAGCUGAUCUAGAGUUUUUUUUCGCCUUUAGUUGCACAGGUGACAUGCUGGUAGAAAUGAGGUAAAACGGAAUUCAGUUUCACUGCAUUAAAAUCACCGGCCACUAGGAGUUUUUUUUUGUUGUAUUUUCUUGUUUGCUUAUGGCCCUAUACAGUUUGCGUCGGUUUGUACUUAGACAGCUACAAAAAAUACAGAUGGAAAUUCUCUUAGUAAAUAGUAUGUUCUACAGCUUAUCAUGUGGUAUUCUAGCUCAGCCUCGCUUUCACUGCCGCCUCUUUCUCCUCGCAGUCUCUGUUUCAUGGAAAUAUGGCUCUCUGUGUACAUGCUGUCGGAGUCGGUACAGCCACCAGGAUUCUUUGUGCGUCGCUCCGACAGGAAUUAGCAUCUCUCCAGGAAGAAGAAGGGCGGGGGUCUAUGUUUCAUGAUUAACGAUUGGUGUAAUUGUAACAACAUACAGGAACUCAAGUCCUUCUGUUCACCUGACCUAGAAUUUCUUACAAUCAAAUGCCGACCGUAUUAUCUCCCAAGAUAAUUCUCGUCGGUUAUUGUCACAGCUGUGUAUAUCCCCCCUCAAGCCGAUACCACGACGGCCCUCAAGGAUCUCCACUGGACUCUGCAAACUGGAAACCAUAUAUCCUGAGUCUGCAUUUAUUGUAGCUGGGGACUUUAAUAAAGCAAAUUUGAGAACAAGGCUAUCUAAAUCCUAUCAGCAUAUUGAUUGUAGUACCCGGGCUGGCAAAACACUGGAUCACUGCUACUCUUACUUCUGGGAUGCAUACAAGGCCCCCCCAUUCGGCAAAUCUGACCACGACUCCAUUUUGCUUCUCCUCUCCUAUAGGCAGAACUCAAACAGGAUGUACCCGUGACAAGGACCAUUCAACGCUGGUCUGACCAAUCGGAAUCCACACUUCAAGAUUGUUUUGAUCACACGGACUGGGACAUGUUCCAGGAAGCAUCAGAGAAUAAUAUUGAUUUAAAUGCUGAUUCUGUGAUUGAGUUUAUAAGGAAGUGCAUAGGAGAUGUUGUACCCAUUGUGACUAUUAAAACCUACCCUAACCAGAAACCAUGGAUUUGUGCAAAACUGAAAGCGCGAACCUACGCAUUUAACCAUGGAAAGAUGACCGGGAAUAUGGCCGAAUACAAACAGUGUAGUUGUUCCCUCCGCAAGGCAAUCAAACUAGUGAAAUGUCAGUAUAGGGACAAAGUGGAGUCGCAAUUCAACGGCUCAGACACAAGAUGUAUGUCGCAGGGUCUACAGACAAUCACUGUCAACAAAAAGAAAAUCAGCCACGUCACUGACACCAACGUCUUGCUUCCAGACAAACGAAACACCUUUGCCCGCUUUGAGGAUAUCACAGUGCCACCGACACAGUGCCCACUAACCAAGGACAGCGGGCUCUCCUUCUCCAUGGCCGACGUGAGUAAGACAUUUAAACAUGUUAACCCUCGCAAGGCUGCCGGCCCAGACGGCUUCCCCAGCCGCGUCCUUAAAGCAUGCUCAGACCAGCUGGCUCGUGUGUUUACAGACAUAUUUAAUCUCUCCCUAUCCCAGUCUGCUGUCUUCACAUGCUUCAAGAUGGCCACCAUUGUUCCUGUACCCAAGAAGGCAGAGGUAACUGAACUGAAUGACUAUCGCCCCAUGGCACUCACUUCUGUCGUCAUGAAGUGCUUUGAGAGACUAGUCAAGGAUCAUAUCACCUCCACCUUACCUGCCACCUAGACCCACUGCAACUUGCAUACCGCCUCAAUAGGUCCACAGACGAUGCAAUCGCCAUCACACUCCACACUGCCCUGUCCCAUCUGGACAAGAGCAAUACCUAUGUAAGAAUGCUGUUCAUUGACUACAGCUCAACAUUCAACACCAUGGUACCCUCCAAGCACAUCAUUAAGCUUGAGGCCCUGGGUCUCAACCCCACCCUGUGCAAUUGGAUCCUGGACUACCAGACAGGCCGCCCCCAGGUGGUGAAGGUAGGAAACAUCUCCACUCUGCUGAUCCUCAACACUGGGGCCCCACAAGGGUGUGUGCUCAGCACCCUCCUGUACUCCCUGUUCACCCAUGACUGCAUGGCAAUGCACGCCUCCAACUCGAUCAUCAAGUUUGCAGACAACACAACAGUAGUUGGCUUGAUCACCAACAACGACGAGACAGCCUAUAGGGAGGAGGUGAGAGUAUUCGGAGUGUGGUGUCAGGAAACCAACCUCUCACUCAACGUCAACAAAACAAAGCAGAUGAUCGUGGACUUCAGGAAACAGCAGAGGGAGCACACCCUAUCCACAUCGACGGGAUAGUAGUGGAGAAGGUGGUUAAGUUAAGUUCCUCGGCAUACACAUCACGGACAAUCUGAAAUGGUCCAUCCACACAGACAGUGUGGUGAAGGCGCAACAGCUCCUCUUCAACCUUAGGAGUCUGAAGAAAAUUGUCUUGUCACUUAAAAAAACUUUUACAGAUGCACAAUUGAGAGCAUCCUGUCGGGCUGUAUCACCGCCUGGUACGAAAACUGCACCGCCCACAACCGCAGGGCUCUCCAGAGGACAUUGCGGUCUGCACAAUGCAUCACCAGGGGCAAACUACCUGCCCUACAGAACCCGAUGUCACAGGAAGGCCAAAAGGAUCAUCAAGGACAAUAACCACACGGGCCACUGCCUGUUCACCCCGCUACCAUCCAGAAGGCGAGGUCAGUACAGGUGCAUCAAAGCUGGGACAGAGAGACUGAAAAUUACUUUAAAUCUCAAGGCCAUCAGACUGUUAAACAGCCAUCACUAAACACAGAGAGGCUGCUGCCUACAUACAGACUUGAAAUCAUUGGCCACUCUAACAAAUGGAUCACUAGUCACUUUAUUAUAUUAAUGCCACUUUAAUAAUGAUGUUUACAUAUCUUGCAUUACUCAUCCCAUAUGUGUAUACUGUAUUUUAUACCAUCUAUUGCAUCUUGCCUAUGCCACUCGGUCAUUGCUCAUGAAUAUAUACUUAGAUUUGUGUGUAUUAGGUAGUUGUUGUGGAAUUGUUAGAUUACUUGUUAGAUAUUGCGCACUGUCAGAACUAGAAGCACAAGCAUUUUGCUACACUCAAUAACAUCUGCUAACCAUGUGUAUGUGACCAAUA